AAUCAGAAUAGAAGCGCACGGGCUUUCCACCGUCCAUCCACGCGAGCAACAUGUCCUCAGACGUGCAACUGCGCGACGGAGCGAACCGAAUGAACACCGGCAUCACGGACACACACCAAGAGAGGAGCGAGACCGCCUGAGAGCAUAUACACUCCAGAUACACCGCAGAUUGCCUUCUCGCCCUGGGGAAUUCUGAUCGUCUGAGGUCGGCUCCGCUAACCGCCAACAGAGCCUUUCAGCAGGAAGCAGGAUUUUCAGCACAGCGCUGCCUUUCCAUGGAGUGUUUCAGACAAGAAGGAGGCGAUUAUUUGGACGUAUACUUUUUUGCGUCUAUAUCAAGGAAAGACUUUGGAAAGCUGCCCGUGGAGAACUGACUAUCUCACAUUAAAUCCACAUUCAAGACAGGUGUGAAGGCUUAUGAGCAGUGCAUUUCCUGAGGGAGCUUUUCCUGAGGCAGGAACAGAUGGACGGAAUAAACUUCACGUUGGGGAAUUCCUCUGAGGGAAAUGAAACGGAGCCAGAAGUGGAGACGAGCUCGUAUAAAACAGUGGAGGUGGUGUUCAUUGUGCUAGUAGCAGGCUCACUUAGCCUGGUAACUGUGGUUGGGAACAUACUAGUAAUGCUCUCUAUAAAAGUCAACAGAAGCCUACAGACUGUCAAUAACUACUUCCUGUUCAGCUUGGCAUGCGCUGACUUCAUCAUCGGGCUUUGCUCUAUGAACCUCUAUACUGUUUAUAUUGUCAUUGGUGCCUGGCCACUUGGCCCUGUAGUGUGUGACCUGUGGUUGGCUCUGGACUAUGUGGUCAGUAAUGCAUCAGUCAUGAACUUGCUCAUUAUCAGUUUUGAUCGCUAUUUCUGCGUCACAAAGCCGCUGAGUUAUCCUGUAAAGAGGACGACUAAGAUGGCGGGGAUGAUGAUCGCUGCUGCCUGGGUGCUGUCCUUCAUCCUCUGGGCUCCAGCUAUUCUCUUUUGGCAGUUUAUUGUGGGUGGACGCACUGUGCCAGAAAGAGAGUGUUAUAUCCAGUUCUUUUCAAACGCAGCCGUUACUUUCGGCACGGCUAUUGCCGCCUUCUACUUGCCUGUAAUUAUCAUGAUGGUGCUAUAUUGGCAAAUCUCUCGAGCCAGCAAGAGUCGCGUGAAAAAGGACAACCGGAAGCCUUCAGGCACCAACACCGCAACCGGAUCUCCAGGACAGAAUCGCAGCAACGCCGCCAACAAGCUGGACAACAACAAUGUGAUGGCCGAGGACCGCGAUAGGAAUCAAACCCAAACUACAGAUGAAAUGACCAACCAGCAUGACAGCAAAAUCCAGAAUGGCAAAGCGCCAUCCACAGCCAGUGGCGAGAAAGAAGCCAAAGAAACCAAUAGGGACAACUGUGUCCCUGUUGAAGAGAAAGAGAGUUCCAAUGACUCCACUUCAGGCAGUGGGGCCACAGCUCAUCAGAAGCCAGAACCCAACAACACUCAGACACCUGCACGGCACCAGGCCAAGACCGGUGCCUCUAAACUUACCUGCAUUAAAAUUGUCACCAAGUCCCCUAAGGGAGACUGUUAUACUCCCUCCAACACCACAGUGGAGAUCGUACCGGCAGCUGAGAAGCAGAACCAUGUGGCCCGCAAGAUUGCAAAGAUGACUAAGCAGCCCCCCAAAAAGAAGAAAGCAGCUCCUUCCCGGGAGAAGAAGGUGACACGCACCAUCAUGGCUAUCUUGGUGGCAUUCGUAGCCACGUGGACACCCUAUAACGUGAUGGUUCUUAUCAAUACGUUCUGCUCCAGCUGCAUCCCAAACACAGUGUGGACCAUUGGCUACUGGCUCUGCUACAUCAACAGCACCAUCAACCCUGCGUGCUACGCUCUGUGCAAUGCCACAUUCAAAAAGACCUUCAAACAGCUGUUGCUUUGUCAGUAUAAAAACAUACGCUCGACCAGAUGAGCUACAAUAUCAGUAUGCAUGUUUGCAUGUAUGUUUAUGUUUUUUGUGCGUCUGUGUAUAGUUUGGAGUGAGUGUAAAAACCGUGGCAGCUGGGUGGGGCUUGGUUUCUUUUGGUUUUUGUAUCGUGUGGGUUCAGUUACUGACACCCUGUUGUAGCACUUUACACACAACACAACCACAACACACGUAGGCAAAUACAGUAGAUCUUUACGCUUUGUAUACAGGAAACCGGAAAAGAUUUAAACGUGACCGACCGUUUAGAGAAACCGACGUGAAGAGAAAAAAAAAAUUGCAGAUUGGAUUUCUAUUAGAUUUUGUAAAAUAGAAAUGUAUAAAAACAAUAUGUUAAAUGUACAAAUAAAUCGCAUGAAUAUACGUAUACAUAAUAUAUUAGUGUGGCAGAAGACUGGAGCAGAAACUCCAUGUUUGUUUGAUAUUAAUGUUAUCUACAUAUAGUAGAGUAGCUGAAAACAGAUUUCAUUUGAGAGAGCAGUAUAAUACUGAAUCUGCUCUUUUAAAGGGACAAUAGGGCUGACUGAACACUCAAACCUAGAGUUUGGACUUCAGUGUAAAAUAAUAUGUGUAAAUACUUGUUUAUAACCUUGUAUAGUAUUUGCCAUUUGUGUGUGUGUGUGUGUGUGUGUGUGUGUGUG